UCUAAAUUCUCUGAAAAAUGUUUGCUUUCUGAGAAAUUUGUAAAAAUUUGAUCUUCUUUUGUUUUUUGGUUUAAAGAUCAUUAAGUUUGGGCUUUACGGUUGGUACUGAAUCUACUGAUAAAAUUGGGGAUCAUCAGCUAAGGUUUAUUCAUACUUUCUUCUUCAGGAACUAGAUCAGAUAUUGAAGGGGAUGCCGUGAGCCUUACUGUCAGGUAAUCGCUACUGAAACUGAACUAGUUUGUAACUAAUUUUUCAAGCAAGAUGACUUCUAUUUAUGAUUGCAACAAUACAUCGUCAGCAUUAGCAUCUCUUCUAGUUAGUAACGUUGAUAUGUUAACCAAGAUUCUAUUGCGUUUACCAGUUAAAUCUCUGCUAGUGUUUAAAUCCGUAUCGAAACAGUGGUUUUCCCUUAUUUCUGAUCCAUUUUUCUGCAACAAAUACAAUAAACUUCAAAAAUCACUUUCAAUCCGGGGCCUAUACACACAAGACGUUUCAUCUUCACCACUGCACGAUAUGCUAUUAUCAUGUGGUGUUUCCUCAAGACUCCAAUACGUUCCCCUCGAUGAAUCCUCAUCCUCUGCCCCCUUCAAAACCCUAGAUUUUAUCAAUGAUCCAUCAGGUAUAAAGAUAGCGCAAUCUUGCAAUGGUCUCAUUUGUUGCAGGAGUAAUCCCAGACCCAUUGACGAUUUAUAUAGUACAUACUACGUCUGCAAUCCAUCUACGAGACAAUAUUGCCCAAUUGUUUGUGAAUCUAAGAAACAUGAGAACGGUUUUGAACAACUUUUUAGUGUCAGUUUAGCAUAUGACCCACUCAAGUCACCUCAUUAUAAAGUUGUUUGUCUUUGGUUGGUUUCAAGACCUAUGAUUUUUGCUGCCAAUUGUCAAAUUGAGAUAUACUCAUCUGAAACAGCUUCAUGGAAGCUAUCUGGUGAGGUUUUCUCCAGAAUGUAUCGUAGUUACAUGAGAAAUGAUGUGUUUUGGAAUGGUUCAUUGCAUUGGAUAGACACAUUUUUCUUCGGCACUUUUUUUUUUACUUCAAUGUUGUACAAGAAAUAA